AAUUUCCCACACCGUCUGUGGUCGCUCUCUCUCUCUCUCUCUCUCUCUCAUUCAAAACUCGCAACUCGUCCUCCUCUUCCUCCUAUUUAACGAGAACGUAGAGAGCUCUCUCUCUCAGAUCCUCAUAUUCCCACCGUCCCCCCAACCCAAUCCACAAGAUAGAAUAAUCAGAGACCAUUAGUUGGUGCCCAUGGGAACAGUUGUUAAUGCUGCCAACAAGGAGGCUAAUCGAAGCUUAGCCGAUCUGAAUCCUACUGUUGUUUUCGUCUUGGGUGGCCCAGGCAGUGGAAAGGGUACCCAAUGCGCAAACAUUGUUCAGCACUUUGGGUUUACACAUCUGAGUGCUGGUGAUCUACUACGAGCAGAAAUCAAGUCUGGUUCUGAAAAUGGAACCAUGAUUUCGAACAUGAUAAAAGAAGGAAAAAUUGUUCCUUCGGAAGUAACAAUUAAGCUUCUCCAGAAAGCAAUGUUGGAGAGUGGUAAUGACAAAUUUCUUAUCGAUGGGUUUCCUCGUAAUGAAGAAAACCGUUCUGCAUUUGAGGCUGUGACUAAAGUCGAGCCUUCAUUUGUCCUGUUUUUUGAUUGUUCUGAAGAAGAGAUGGAGAGGCGCCUUUUGAGUAGGAACCAGGGAAGAGAAGAUGAUAACAUAGAAACAAUAAGGAAGCGGUUUAAGGUUUUUCUAGAGUCUAGUCUCCCAGUGAUAGAAUACUAUAACUCCAAGGGGAAAGUUCGGAAGAUUGAUGCUGGAAGGCCUGUUGAAGAGGUUUAUGAGUCAGUAAAAGCCAUUUUUGCCCCGAAAGAUGAGAAGAUUGAUGCUGGAAGACCUGUUGAAGAGGUUUUUGAGUCAGUAAAAGCCAAUUUUGCCCUGGAAAAUGAGAAGGCUGAUUAAUUACAACAAUGGGGAAUUCAAGACUUCAGAUUUUAUAAUUAUUGAGGUUAUGCUAUUGGUAGCUGCAUACACACACAUUGUAUUCUUUUGAAGGUUUUAUUUCACAUGAUCAAAAUAUAUUAUAGAAGGUUGAAGGUUUCAUUUUACAUGGUCAAUAUAUAUUCUAUACAAUUGAGGUGGAUCCCUCUAGUGACUGUAUUGUAAUUUGAGUACUCUUAGUAAUAACUAUGGGAGUAAUGCUCCCUUUUGAGUGUGAA